AUGCUGUUAUUGCUCCUAUGCCUUGUUAAUGGCGAAUUUGAUUUACGUCAGCCAGACGCUGAGCUUUUCAAUCAAUUCAUUCGGGAAUAUCACCGAGAAUAUCGUACUGAAGAAGAAAAAACACGGCGAUUUCUUAUAUUCAAGUCGGAAGUGAACACCAUCAGACUACUUAACGCUGAACGAACAAAAGACUCGGACGCUGUUUUUGAGAUCAACAACUACACCGACCAACUCAUUCCAGAAAUCACUAAAGUGGUCCCCUCCGAAUUAACACGAGAAGAAGAAGCCAUUGAAGAACGAGAACGGUAUGAUCAAGAGCAUGAUAUCCCUUCAAAGAAACAUAAGAGAUAUAAGAAGAGUGGUCUGUCUCAUCUCAAGAACAUCAAAUUGAGAGGUCCAGGUGGCGACUUCCGCAAUGAUACCAACAACAACACUAUUAUAAACAACACAGAUAAUAGUAAUACUUAUAAUAAUAGUAAUAAUCCUAUCGAAAAUGAAAGUCAAUCGAGUGAUGACAACACAGAGAAUUACACCUUCGAUAAAGACGCUUAUCGGCCGUAUAACAAUUUGCCGGACUUACCAGAAGGUGACAUCAUUCCUCUCUACCAUUCAUACUGUGGACCGUAUGUCAUGAACAAUACAGAGAGAGAAAAGGUCGAUUUGUGUGGACAACAAGUCGACCAAGGAAGGUGUGGAUGUUGUUACGCUGCGUCGUUGGCUAACUAUGGACAAUACGCAUAUGCCAAUAUCUCAUAUACACUUACACAUGACGCAAACGCAAUCGAAAAACCGUUAUUCACACCACAGAGAUGGACAGACACCGUUUACACCUCCGCUACAUCGCGGUGCUGCGGAGGAAACCCCGGUGACUGUCUCACACAACUCCCUUCAUUCACGUUCAACGCCGAUUACCCGUACGUCGACGUUAAUGGGGCGGGGUGUAAUCUCCGAGGCGACCAAAACUCAAAAGUCCCGAUCAAGUUAUACGCAAAGAAGUACACCGAAUUUUCUACAGCAGACUUGGAACGCGACGAAGAGAAGGCUUUUGCUUUGAAGAAGAUAUUACACCACUACGGACCGUUUUUGGCGGGAAUCCGGACGGGAGGAAAUGGGUUUCAGUCAUACAAAGGAGGGAUAUUUCGACCUAAAAAGGACCGAUGCAAAGGAAGACCUGACCAUCAAAUAUUUGUUGUUGGGUAUGGAGUCGAGAACAAUGAGGAAUUCUUUAUCAUCCGGAACUCGUGGGAAAAUGGAUGGGGCGAGUAUAACAAUUAUAUGCGUGUCUCAAAUUAUUCCCUUUGUGGAAUCGGCGCGAUGAUCGGGAAAACCGUGCAUCCUAUUAAUUACAUCAUCGAGAGUUACAGCUGUUUGCUUGACGAAAAUUGCAAAAACUGCGAUGCGACAAGUUUAGUAUGUACAGAGUGUAAAAAUGGGGGAGUCCCUAAUGAGAGGGGAAUAUGUAAUUCAAGUCCAAGAGUUUGGAUGAUACUAUUUUUUUUAGUAUUAUUACUAUUGUAA